AUGGAGAUAAACUUGUGUGGGCUGAAGAAGAGAAAAGUUCAACUGGCAGCGAGAUGUUCAAAUUGCAAAUUGAAUAUUAAUGACAGAGAUCAUAUCUUUGUUACGUGUUCUUUUGCUCAAGGUUUUUGGGUCUGGAUAGGGGAUGUGCUCAGAUGGGAUAUGCAGCAAUUCUCUCAUGUUCUUUCUGUGUGGGAGCUAUUUCAGUGGAUGCAUCAGCACUAUUGUAAUUCUAGAAUCCUGAAGUCUUUGUUUGCAGCAGCUAUAUGGCAUCUUUGGAGGGCGAGGAACGCAAGACUUCAUGACAAUAUUGCAAUGUCUUCGGAGGUUAUUGCUAGACACACUCUUAUAGAGUGUCUAGAAGUCCAAAAUGCUUCUCUUAAUGACCUUGUCUCAGUAUAG